GUCUCACUCUGUCUUUCCUUGUCUUCCCUCCUCCCAGUAGGAAUGUUUUAUGGAGCGAGAGAGGAGGAGACACCAGGGAAAGACGACUAUCCCCCGGAUGGUUUAGUAUUGUAUUUGUACAGGUCACUUCCUGGGGAACCACAGUGUGUUGGACAUCCUGAGACAGGAGGGCUACGAAGUGGUGCACACACCAUCACACUACCAGGAACCAAUCCCAGAAGAACCAACAGAGAACCCCAGCGAUGGGGGCUCCGAUGCGGGGAAAACCUCUCCCUAUGACUGGGUGACCAGCCCCUCAGACCUGGAUGUUAGCCUGGAUGGUUUGGAGGAGCUGGACGAUGAGGAGCUACCCUACAUGCUGCUGCCAGACAGCCUGAGCCAGCUAGAGGAGUUUGGGAGACAUAAGCGCCCCCGGAAGGCCCACCGCAACCAUGGCCGCCCACGCCUCUUCAGUGACCUGUGGGUUCGCAUCGGUGACGGCACCACAACUCCUCAGCCUAAUGUGAGGAUAACCAAUGGCUAUGUGACAGUGGAGCCUCUACUCACCCACCAGGAGCAGAGGAGGAGGACAGGCCUCUACCCUCCAGUGGAACCUCCCAGCCAGUCCUCACCCUCAGCGCUGCCCACCCCCAGCUCAGCCCAGUACACCAUCGGCACCACCCACGCCCUCACCUGCCUACUAACGUUACUCACCUCGCACCUGCUUUUCACCUCCUGACCACAUGGCGGAGCUCUCUCCACAGACAAAAACUCAUGCUGUCUCUAUACCUGAGCACCGUUAUGUGCCAAGAACCCUAGAACAUACAAAUAUCUACAUAUAAAGAUUCUGUAAAUGGGAACUGGAGGUGGAAAUGAACUGCUAUGGGCAUGGAACAUACACAGAACAUAGAACAUGUAGACGUGGAUAUGAGGGUAGAGGACAACAGACAGACACACCAAGGACUUCUGAGACAGAGCUGUCCGUCUUCAGGCUUCUGUGAAGGGAACAGGAUCAGUCUGUGAAAGGUUAUUUAAACUCACAAUGUGUGGAAUAACUUUCACCCAAGACAAAUAGAUAAACGGUCUCUAUCAGAUAACUAAUGGAAGAUACUGUAUAUACGACAUCCAUAUUAUGAAGUUGUCAGUAGAUGCCAAGUUUUAAAAUCACAAGAAAGCAAUAGGAUAAAUAAUCAUAAUAAAUGUUAUUAUUAUGAAUAAUAUUGAUAUUAAUGAUGAGAAUAGACAUACUAAUCACUAUGAUAACAGCUAUAACUCUGUAAUAAGGUCUGAUAUCUUAAAGACAUAGGAUGUGGAGCACACAUUGGACGUUUUUGUAAAUUGUGCAUUUUGUUCAUAAAGAAAUAUUGUAUAUUUAUUAUUUCUCGAAGAGUAUAUUUUCAUGCAUUUGAUGAUUCCUGGAACAAUAAACUUUUGGAAAUUCC